AUGGCCAACAAUGACACAGAUUUUGAUACAGACUCCGAGUUCAACAGCGAUGAGGAAGCACAGCUUGAAGAACAAAACUUAAAACGACUUAAUGAGUUGUUGGACGAUGAAGAUGACAUCCCUGGCGGAGGAAUAUCGAUGUAUCCUCCUCAUCUACCUUCAAUACAUCAUUCGUCGUCAUACAAAACUCUCUUACAGACAAACAAUUCAAAGUCAGGGACUCUAGCUCAAAUUGACUUAGCUCUGUCAGCAAAUAAAAUUCUUGACGAAAAAAUACGCAAACUCGAGAGAGACCUUACGGUACGUUUAAAAGAAUGCAGAGACAAACUUGAGGUUAUUCAAAACAGUGCUCACACAUACACACAUAAUGAUAAAAAUGAAUUAUUCCGAUACAUAAGCUGUGGCAGGCCCUACUUCAAGGACAAACUCAACUUCCCGGCUCCAGACAAUGAUGAUGCGAAAAUGGCAAAGUCUCAGAUGUAUGAUUUCUCUCUGGUUAUAUCAGUACCCGGGUGGACAAUGCGGGAUAAGUCUCAAUUUAUUACUAUGAUGCACAAAAUAUCUGUAGAGAAUAGAAGAAAUGAGUUCUUUGCUCAAAUAACAAACUUGAAACGUAAAUGCGGGAAUAGUAAUAAUAAGAAACUAGAACGAGACAUAAUGGUGCUUAGAAAAAAGAUUGAUCAGCUUGCAAAGAUGCCUUUGAGUCAAGUUGCUCUUCCGAUAGACCAGGAGUAUGACUGGGACAUGUUAGCUAACAAGUUGAAUAGAAGGCACACUGCCCAAGAAUACCAGUCACUGUGGAAAUUAUUUUUUCAUCCAUCCAUAAAUAAAAACAGUUGGAGCAAAGCUGAACAUGCAACUUUACAAAGAAUUGCUUGCCAAAAUAAUCAACAAGACUGGGAUGAUAUAGCACUUAAAUUGAAUACUGGCCGUUCAGGGUAUCAAUGUUUUGUAUAUUAUCGCACAAAUAUGACCAAUUCUUUUACUGGCAAAAAAUGGACUAAUGAGGAAAUAACAUAUCUUAAAAGGUUGAUAGAUUAUUUCAAAGAAGACAAUUACAUUCCGUGGGGUAAAAUAGCAGCAGCUAUGGAAAACCGAACAAAAAUCCAAAUUUAUAACAAAUAUCUAAGAAUGAUUGAGCAAAGAAAAGGGAGAUUCCUUCCAGAAGAAGAUGCUGUUAUACUUAACUGUGUUGAAAGAUUUGGUACUAAUUUUAGGAGAAUGACAGAUUUUCUGCCUGGUAGGUCUAUGGUACAAAUCCGUUCCAGGUACCAAGUACUCAGUAAAUUAAGAGUGUCUACAGUAUGGACCGUUGAAGAUGAUAAGAAACUGGUUCAGAUAAUUGGGAACCAAGACUCAAACAUCAACUUUGCAACAGCCACACAAUACUUUCCAGGAAGAAACCGAGUCAAACUACGAACUAGAUACAUAACUUUAGUGAAAUGGAUGAAAAAACAUCCAGGUGUUAGUUUAGAUCAUGCGCCUCGGCGCGGUGCUCGGCGGUUGAAUCAUGGAUAUCGAAGCAAUAACCUUAAUGAUGCCAUUGAGAAUUUAAAAAAUACUUUAAGUUCAGCAGUAGAAGUUAGAUCAAAGAAAAAGAAAAUUGGAAAAGAUUCUCCACAUAUAGAACUAGAUGAUGGCAUUGUAGUACUUCUUGUUAAUAAAUUAAUAAAAGAAAGAGAAGCAGAGAUGAAAAAACGUGUGACAGAUGAUGUGAUGGUACUAGCACCAGACCUGAUUAUUUCGCAAGAGCAAUUAAAUUUACGAAUUUGCGUAAAAAUUUGA